AUCUCCUUCUUCUUCUUCCUCGUCGUCUGCGUCCUCGUAUGGUGGUGGUGUCUGUCCGUCCGUCCGUCCGUCUCUGCAAUUCAGCUGCUGAGCCGAUGAGCGAGCGAUCCGCGAAAUCAAGAAAACCCAGACCCGCUUCGCCUCCCGCCAAUGCGAUCUUCCCUCCCCAACCAUCCUCCCUCUUGAUCCCCAUGGCCCGCAAGUCGUCCCUCCUCAAGCAAGCCCUGAUCUUCGUCCUCCUCCUCCUCGCCCUCUACGCCUUCUUCACCUCCUUCCUCAACAACCCAGAUCCCAAAACCGACCCCUCCUUCCGAAGUCACCGCCUUUCCGGGGAAAACCCAUCGGAUUCGACCGGAAAGUCGCCGCCUUUACCUGCCAAGGUCUUCUUGUACGAGCUCCCGGAGAGGUUCACCUAUGGGGUCAUCCGGGAGCACUCGGCCGCGCGCGGCGGUGCCCCCGCCGCCGACGUGUCGGCCCUCAAGUACCCGGGUCACCAGCACAUGGCGGAGUGGUACCUCUUCGCGGACCUGAGGCGGCCCGAGCAGGAGAGGGCUCGGGCCAGCUCGCCGAUCGCCCGGGUGACUGAUCCCGAGGAGGCCGAUCUCUUCUACCUGCCCGUGUUCUCCUCGUUGAGCUUGAUUGUGAAUCAGGGCAGGCCCCCGGGGACGGAUCCGGUGUACAGCGACGAGGAGAUGCAGGAGGAGCUGGUGAAGUGGUUGGAGGGUCAGGCGUAUUGGAAGAGGAACAAUGGGCGGGAUCACGUUAUCAUUGCUCAGGACCCGAAUGCGCUGUACCGAGUUGUGGAUCGCAUUAAGAAUGCGAUUCUGUUGGUGUCGGAUUUUGGGCGGUUGAAGCCGGACCAGGCCUCACUGGUGAAGGAUGUGAUAUUGCCGUAUUCGCAUCGGAUCAACACUUACAAUGGUGAUAUUGGGAUUGAGAAACGCAAGACUUUGUUGUUCUUUAUGGGAAACCGUUUCCGGAAAGAGGGAGGAAAAAUUCGUGAUUUGCUGUUUCAACUACUUGAAGAUGAAGAGGAUGUCGUAAUGAAACAUGGUGCACAAUCUAGAGAGAGUCGACGUGCAGCAUCACAGGGGAUGCAUACAUCCAAGUUCUGCCUCAACCCUGCUGGUGAUACCCCAUCAGCCUGCCGUCUGUUUGAUGCUAUAGUUAGCUUGUGUGUACCUGUUAUCGUCAGUGACAGCAUUGAGUUGCCAUUUGAAGAUGUCAUAGACUAUCGGAAAAUUGCAAUAUUUGUAGAUACUGCCUCUUCACUGAAGCGAGGGUUUUUGGUGAAACUUCUGAGACAAGUACCGACAGAAAGGAUUCUGGAAUAUCAGAAAGAGAUAAAAGAGGUGAAGCGAUUUUUCGAAUAUGGUGAUCCAAACGGAACAGUCAAUGAAAUUUGGCGGCAAAUUUCGCAGAAGCUACCCCUUAUUAAAUUGAUGAUUAACCGUGACAAGAGGAUUGUCAAGAGGGACAUGAGUGAACCGGACUGUUCCUGUAUGUGUACGAACCAGACCGGGGUCAUUUCUACUCUAUGACGUGAGCACUAUUUGUAACUUUGAUCUCCGAUAUGCCUGCUUGGGUGCUGGCCAGUUGGUGUUGGAAUUGCUCGUGUUGGAUUCAGCAACUAUACCAUGAUCUGUACGACACCCUUCAAGGCUGAGCUUAGAAAUAUUCAUGAGCGUUGGUGCAUUUAAUUCAUCCUCAUUUCUUGCUAGAACACCAAUUGACACUCCCCCUUUAUACCACGCCCUUGGCAGAGGAUUUUUCAGGGUUUGAUAGGCAGUGUAGGGGGUAGAUCAUUAAAGAUUCUGGUACUUGUGAUGAUGUAGAAAAGGAAAAUUAAGUUAUUGAUUACUGCCUGUAAUUGUUUUCACUUAAUAUACAUUGUACAGAAGAUCUGAGAGUAUACCUUAUUCUUUUUCAUA